AUGAGCACACAGCCGGGGCCGAGGCUAUCCCUCGAUCUAUCCAAGUAUGAGAAGCUCAAUGCAGACCAGGCGGGACACUUGCGACACUAUCAUAACCUGGCCAGCCAGAUGGACGGCGAGUGGCAUCAUAUGGGAACCCAGGAGCCGAUGCAGGAGUUUCUAGAUGCGUACCGCUACCAGCUCGCCAUCAUGGCCUAUGGCGUUGGAGUCGCUCAUUACCACCGUACACCUGCACUACGAAGUACGCACAAGAGUCUGAUGCGCCGUCUAAUACACAAAAUGAUGCGGCGCGAAGUCUGGUCUUACUGGUUCUCAACCAGCCUUUCGGGAAACCGGACAGAUCCUGGUCGGACGCAGCUGAGAACGCCUUGGGCAGAUCCUCUGGUGAAGGAAAAUGUCAUGUAUAGCGGGCAUCUGUUGAUGAUGACCAGUAUGUACGGCAUGCUCUUUGACGACGAUGAGUUUGAGAAGCGGGGAUCCCUGUCGUUUGUCUGGGAUCCUCUAUUCUUUGGACUUGGGCCGGAGACGUUUCGAUAUGAUAAUCGGAGCUUGCAGGAUGCUAUUCUUCGGGAGAUGGAGAAGAAUGGCUGGAUUGGGGUCUGCUGCGAGCCGAAUUUGGUGUUUGUUGUUUGCAAUCAGUUUCCUAUAAUCGCAAUGAGAUACAAUGACGCGAGGGAUGGCACUGAUGUCUCUGGGAGAGUUUUGGAAAAGUACAAGGCGGCUUGGGAUGCAAAGGGCAUGGUUGAACCAAGCGGCUUAUACGUCGACUGGUAUUUUCUUCGACAGGACAGGACGCUGGCUCCGAGCAAUGUUGGCUGGACUGCAUGGGCAAACGCCUAUAUGAAUACUUGGAACUUGGACAAGGUGAAGUCAUUGUAUGACUCGCAGUCAUACGGCUUCAUCACCAAGAUUGAUGGAGAGGUGCAGCUUCACGAAGAGAAAAUCGCCCUCGAGUACCGGAAACUCGUCGAUACAGAAGACGCAGACAAAAACGACGCUGCGGUCCUUGCCCGGGCUCGAGCCAAUGCCGCCGCCCUGCCGCCAUCAUUUCCCUUUUCUCAGCCGACCUUUGGCUACGUUGUGCAAUGGCUGUCAGAAUUAGGCAAGAAGGAGGAGCUGGACGGUCUGCUCAAGUAUGCCGAUACGCAUCUACAGCCUACGUGGGAAAACGGCGGCCUCUUCUAUCCCAGAAACGACGACCGAACAAACGAGGCCGGCGAGUGGACACACAUGGAUCCCUUCUCCGGCAACGCGGCGAUAGGAUAUGCGCGUCUCAACGUGGCCGACGGCCAGAAGAAAAUUUGGGACCAUCCGCGCAAACGAGGCCAUGCGGCGACACAGCCGUGGAUCGACGGCAUCGAGCUCGGCCAGGGCAUUGACUGUCUGCGAGGCGUCUGGGACAGCGACGAGAGCGCCCUGGUGUUGACGAUGAAGACGUGGGAUGGGCGGAUCGUCACUGCGACGCCGGUGGCGACGAAUUUGCCGGCGGGAUCCGAGUUACAAAGACACAGCUGGCAGCACGGUCACGUGGGCUGCAAGUCAAUUGGAACCGCAUGUAAGCGGCCGAGGCUGAUCUCGAUUGCUUCCAUCACCGCUCCUACACUACGAGUUGAGUUGAGUUGGGAAUUACCAGACUCGAGCCCAGACAAGAUGCACUGGACUUCAGCAAUUGUGUACCCGGCGCUGUUGGCGCUCGGCGCGGCGCAGCAGCAGCGCCCCUUGUCAGACACCAAUCAUUCUGGCUCAUCGCAGCAUGCCAGCGCAGACGCUCCGUCUUAUCGGGGCGAAGUGCUCCAGCUGCUCGAGUCGCUGGUUUCCAUCCCAUCCAUCAGUGGCGAGGAGAACGAGGUUGGCAACUUCAUCGUCGACUAUCUCAAGCACCAGGGCUUCGAGGUCGACAUUCAAUUCGUCCCUCCAGCAAAGGACAAGCCCGAUGUGCCCGACAGGUUCAACAUCUUGGCGUGGAAUGGAGACCGCAAGUCCAAAUACAAGACACUGGUGACGAGCCAUAUUGACACGGUCCCUCCCCAUAUUCCAUGGGAAAUCGAAAAGGGAGAUGUAUCAAAAGACACCGUCAUCAAGGGCCGUGGAACAACUGAUGCCAAAGGCAGCGUCACUGCCCAGCUCGUGGCGGUGAACCAUCUGCUUUCGACGAACAAGGAUGUCAACCCCGAGGACAUUAUUCUGCUCUUUGUUGUUUCGGAGGAGACUUCCGGCGAUGGAAUGAGAGCCUUUAGCGAUUCGCUCAAGCACAUGAGCCCCCCUCUUUCUUUCGACUCUGCCAUCUUUGGCGAGCCCACCGAGAACAAGCUGGCCUGCGGCCACAAGGGCGCUCUCUUCUGCACUGCCGAGGCCAAGGGCAAGGAUGCCCACAGUGGCUAUCCCGAGCUGGGCAAGUCGGCCAACGAGCUGAUGAUCAGGGCCAUGAACAAGAUCUUGGACACAGAUCUGGGACAUAGCCCUCUCUUUGGCCCAACAACAUUCAACAUCGGUCGAUUUGACGGUGGCGUCGCUUCCAACGUCGUUCCUGCAAAAGCUUGGGUGGACAUCUCGGCCCGUGUUGCUGUUGGCUCGGAGAAGGAGGGCCAGAAUGAUGUGCGCAAGAAGAUUUAUGAUAUUCUUCAAGAAACAGACCCCGAAGCUUUCACCCUGAACUGUUCUCAUGGAUAUGGGCCGUAUGAAAGCAACUGCGAUGUUGAUGGAUUUGAGCAAAUUGUUGUCAACUAUGGCACAGACAUCCCUAAUCUAGAGGGCGACUAUGUUCGUUAUUUGUAUGGACCAGGCAGCAUUCUUGUUGCUCACGGUGACCACGAGUACGUCACCGUUGGCGAUUUGGAGAAGGCAGUUGAAGACUACCAGAAGCUGAUCCUUCACACGCUGGGUCAAUGA